AUGUCGGCCAAAAUAGCGAAAACGAUCGCACGACAGAAAGAAAAGAUAGCAGAAGGUAACUUCUACGAAGCGCACCAGCAACUCCGAGUCAUCACAUCGCGCUACCUAAAAGCCGCGGACUACCCGUCGGCCUGCGACGUACUGUUCAAUGGAUCGCUACUCCUCCUACGAGCCGGGCAGGGAGCCUCGGGAGGGGACCUCGCGUUGAUGCUGCUGAAUGACGUCUACAUGAAGGGAGAAUGGGAGUGCAAUGAACAGAACAAGAAGAGGCUGUCGGAGAUACUACAUGCGUUCCCCAAGGACGAGCCCACGCGCAAGAGAUUCAUUACCGAGAUUGUCGGCUGGUCGAGUCGUUUCGGGGACAUCGAGAGAGGAGAUCCCGACCUCCACCAUGAUGCUGGGAAGCUCUAUGCUGAAGAAGGCGAAGCCUACGACGCCGAACGGCACCUGGUGUUGGGCACCUCACACUCACCCCCGGUCCUCGUACACCUACACUACGCAUGGUACAAAGAAGACGCACCACACUUAGCACCCCUCUACGCCUCCCGCUCCGUGCUCCCGUACCUAAUAGUCGGCAACCUGUCGUCCGCGAACAACGCCCUCUCCACAUUCAUCUCGGAACUAACCACGUCCAACCCGCACCUCCUCGCCAUGUCGCAGCCCAUCGAGUCCGCAAAAUCGGGCCUGAGCCUGCGCAUCUUCCCCUCGGUCCCACUGCUCAACUUCCUCUCAUUCGUCGUUCUUGCGGCGCAAAAGGGCGAUGCCGCGCUGUUCAAGCAGUUGGCCAAAUACUACGCUGCGCAUCUCAAAGACGUGGAGGGGCUUUGGGGCGAUGCGCUCGCGCAGAUCGGCGAGAUCUGGUUCGGCAUUAAGAUCCCGAGACAGGGCGGGAAUCCGCUGUUUGAUAUGAUGGGGAGCAUGCUUUUCGGCGGGCAGGGUGGUGCGGGUGCGAAGGGCAGUGGGAGUGGGAGUGGGAGUACGCCCAGGAGCGGCACGCCGAAACCCAUUGCAGGUGGGCCGAAGAAAGAGGUCGAGAAGCUUCCAGCCAUGGAUCUCGAUUGA